GUCAGUGUUGCGUCGAACCCCAUCUUAACUCAGUUCAAACUUUUCCUCAGAUUUGUUUCCAUAAUGAACAGAAGUACACUGCCACGCAGCGCCUGUGACCAGCCUUAGCAGACGUUGAAUUUCGCAUGUCGCUGUUAGUGUAGCUCAGCAGCUCGUGUCGGUCCUUUCGGAGCUCUUUCACCGAGCGCCCGGCCCGAAGCAGCGGCAGCAGCCCGGCGGCAACAGCCCGGCGGCGGGCAGAGACACCUGACAGCCACCAUGUCAGGUCUAACAGUACAGAGUGGCACCCUGCAGAGCCUGGAGGAGGCGGACAUUCUGGACCCAGAGUUCCAGCAGCGCUUGGAAGACGCUCGUACCUUGCUCAGGCAGGAGAUCCAGCGGGAGUUGAAGAUCAAGGAGGCUGCUGAGAGACUGCGGCGGGCCGUCACCAACCGCAAGAGCGCCGCCGAUGUGGAGGGCCAACUGAAGGGCUCCAACCGCAAGCUGGAGAGGCUACACCUGGAGCUGCAGGACCUCAACGCCAGGUCCAUGGCCACAGAGAAGGACAGCCCCACAGGUUGUUUGGAGGAGGAAUACAACCCAUCAGCAGACUCCUGUCAGUGGGAGGACGUCAGCUCCCCUGCGGCCAGUCGAGUCAGAACCCUGAAGAAACAGCUCACCAUGGAGACCAAAGUCAAACAGGGCGCUGAGAACAUGAUCCACACUUACACCAACAGCUCCGUCAAGGACAGGAAGAUGGUGAGUACAGCGCAGCAGAUGUUACAGGACAGCCGCACUAAGAUCGAGCUGCUGCGCAUGCAGAUUGUCAAAGUCAGCCAAGCCAGAGACGGGGUGGACGGCGCCCUCGGUCAGCCUGAGGAGAUGGUUGGUGCUCUGGAGCUGCGGCUGGCUGAACUCCUGCACCACAUGAAGAUUGAAUCGGCCGUAGCAGAAGGAGCCAAGAACGUGGUGAAGCAGCUGAGCCGGCGCAAGGUCCAGGACCGCCGCGUGCUGGCAGAGGCCUCGGCACGGAUGCAGGAGUCCUCUCAGAAGGUGGAUCUGUUGACUCUGUCUCUGGAGAGGCGUCUGAGUGAGCUUCCUGAGGAUCAUCCCAGGCGCACAGCCAUCAGAGAGGAGCUGGAGUCCAGAACCUCGCCUUCCUACGAAACACAGAAGAAACUCUCCAAAGCUCCGUCCUCCUCCUCUUCAUCCUUCUUCAAACCAGCCAGUCUUACAGGGCGUUUGGAGGUGUGUUUGAUGGGCUGCCAGGACCUGUUGGAGUGUGUUCCGGGCCGGGACCGCGGGACCAGCACCUCCUCCUCCUCUGGGAGUCUCUCGGAGGGGAAGUCUGUGAAGGUGAAGGCUGGCCUGUCCGGACGAAGCGCCAACGGCAAGACAACCAAGACUGAGGAGCUGUCCUCGGAGAUCAGUGCUGUGCUGAAGGUGGACAACAGGAUCGUGGGGCGUUCCCAGUGGAGGCCUCUGGGUAAAGAGGCGUGGGGCCAGAGCUUCAACAUCGAACUGGAGCGGUCCAGGGAGCUGGAGAUCGCUGUCCACAGGAGGGACUGGCGGGCGCUGAGCGGGGUGAAGUUCCUGCGGCUGGAGGACUUCCUGGAUAAUCAGAGGCAUGGCAUGUGUCUGCAGCUGGAGCCCCAGGGCCUGCUCUUUAUUGAGGUGACGUUUAUCAAUCCUGUCAUUGAGCGGCGCUCCAAACUCCAGAGGCAGAGGAGAAUCUUCCCAAAAGAGAGAGGGAAGGACUUCCUGCGUGCGGCCCAGAUGAACAUGAACUUUGCUACGUGGGGCCGUUUGAUGAUGAGCAUCCUGCCCCCCUGCAGCUCCCUGGAGCCCAUGAGCCCUCCCUUAGCUGGCCAUCUCACUGGCCCCCCAUCAGCAAACACUUCCCCGCCACGAGAUGCUGCUGUGCUGGGGCUACAUUUCCCUGAAGAGCAGAGCAGCCCAUCUCCACAUCGCUCAAGAAAGCACACUAAAGAAUCUCCAGGGUGUCCUAGUGAGAACAAGAGCCCGAAGCCCAGGAGAAAUCCCUCAAUUCAUCCCCCCCCACACAUGGACCAAGGACUUCACAUGCGAGACUUCAACUGCAUUUCAGUCCUGGGGAGAGGUCACUUUGGUAAGGUGCUGCUGGCAGAGUAUAAGAAGUCCAGCAAGCUGUGCGCCAUCAAAGCCCUGAAGAAAGGAGACAUCAUGACACGUGACGAAGUGGACAGCCUGAUGUGUGAGAAGAGGAUCUUCGAGGUGAUCAACACCUCGCAGCAUCCGUUCCUGGUGAACCUGUUCGGCUGCUUCCAGACUGCAGAGCACGUGUGCUUCGUCAUGGCCUACUGCCCCGGAGGAGACCUGAUGACACACAUCCACGCCAGCAUCUUCACAGAGAAGCAGGCGCGGUUUUAUUCUUCCUGUGUGCUGCUCGGCCUGGAGUUUCUACACCAAAACAAAAUAGUUUACAGGGAUCUUAAGCUGGACAACCUGCUGAUGGAUGCAGAUGGUUUUGUCAGGAUAGCAGACUAUGGCUUGUGCAAAGAAGAUAUGGGCCACGGGGAUCGCACCACAACAUUCUGCGGCACACCAGAGUUUCUUGCCCCAGAGGUGCUGACAGACAACAACUACACCCGCAGUGUGGACUGGUGGGGGCUGGGGGUCCUCAUCUAUGAGAUGCUGGUGGGGGAGUCUCCUUUCCCCGGUGACGAUGAGGAGGAGGUGUUCGACAGCAUCGUCAACGAUGACGUGUGCUUCCCCCGCUUCCUCUCCCCUGACGCUGUGUCCCUCAUGCAGAAGCUGCUGCAGAAAGCUCCUGAGAUGAGACUUGGAGGGGGAGAGGGAGACGCCUCGGAGAUCAAAAGACACAAGUUCUUUCAGGGGAUGGACUGGAGCGCUCUGCUGGCCAAGAAGCUGAAGCCCCCCUUCCUGCCGGUCAUCAGAGCGCUGAAGGACGUCAGUAACUUUGACGAGGAGUUCACCCGUCUCAAGCCCGUCCUCACCCCCCCACACACCCCCUGCAUCCUCACCGCCGAGCAGCAGGACAUCUUUGCUGACUUUGACUUCUCUUCCAUGAGUUGACCGAAGACACUGUGCUGCCACAUGUUUACAACAACUUUUAUUGGCCAUAAAGUGCUUCUGAUUCAUUGGAAGCUGAGAAACUACAUUUGUGCCGAUUUCCUGUCCGCAGUUCCAGGUGCCAUCACUCUGGCUGUCAGUGGCUUGAUCCUGCACACACGCUGCAGAACUCACUCCUUUUCACGCCUGCUCAGUUGGAUUUCAUGAUACAGAAAUGAUUUUUUAACAUGUUUUGUCUCUGCCAAAUUCAUUUUGAACUGAUCAUGCCGACUAUUUCUAUCAUGAAGCGGUAGGAUCAGAAGGCUGAGCGUUAACAGUUCACACUGCAUGGAAUCAGUGCACUUUUUACAAAUGAACAUUUCUCCAGCCCUCUCAAUCCAAAGCACUUAAGUGUUCAUGUUUGUGAUCUUAAUGAAGAGACUUGUCCCUAAAGGCCAAAGCAUUACAUUCUAUUACACAGCAGUUGACCUUUUGCUGUGUAAUAGAAGCAUUAUACGUCCAUCUGUUGUUAGCCUCUAAUGUGUUGGGAUGUCACAUAAUGAAAAUAGCGCAUUUGUCAACUGAAGUUCUUUUGCAGAUUUCUCCGUCAAUACAACUGUCUUUGUUAUUUUUAAAGAAUACAAUCAUAAUGAAAAUGUUUAUAUAGAAUAAACCAGCCUAUGUGUAAAGUGUGAACAACUAGAAGGAAAUAUAAAUGAAUAAAUGUAAGUCUGCUGGAAAACUCUUCAUUAAACAUUUAUUUAUC